GAUGAAAGAUCCUGAAGAACAUACUUAGAGACGAUGAAAGUAUAAGUUUGAAAAAUUUGCAGUUUAAUUGGUCGAUAAACAAGGUAAUAUGGAUAGGAACAUCAGAGUUACUGUGAGCAAUGGAAAUAAUAAGUUUACACCUAUGUAUUUUCCAAAUGUUGUUGCUGGUAUUAGUGGUCUUGGGUUUAUACAAAUGGUGAAGGAUAGGAUGAUCAAAAUGGGUAUGGAAGAAAAGUUUAACCUUAUGUUGUUUGAUAAAGAAAAUUUUAUGUGUGAAAAGGAAAAUGACUUUAUUAAAAUGUGGAACAAAGCUGUCCCAGAUGAAGAUGGAUUUGUUGAGUAUAAAGUGUUUAUGGUUGAUGGUGAUGUACCAUUUGGUUGUGGCAGUGAUAAGGUAAAUAGUUCAGUUGGUGGUGCACACAGUGGCAGUGGUAGUGGUUUGUCUAGUCUACAUAGUACUCCUCCAAAAAAAGGGUUAGUAAGAAGCUUAAUGUUAGGAAGAGUCCAAGACUAGCUGAACUAGCUAAGAAACAGUCUACAAAGCAGCAACAGAAGACAGAGUUCAGACCAACUAGAUUGAACUUUGGUAAUGAAGAUGUGCCUGAAGUUAUGACAACACAAGCUAGUGUGGCAAACAAUAUACAUGAUCAGCAAGAAACGGAGUUCUGGGAUGAUGCUGUUACACAAUGUUCAAUUAUUGAAGAUGCUAAUAUUAGUGAAGACCCAGUGAAUCUGCAGAAUGAAGCGGAAGAUCAGUGUCAUCCAGAUGA